AUGUACCCGAGCGACCUCAUCGGAGGGCUGGACCGCCUGAGGCAGCAGGCGGCGAGAGCCGCGGCCUCGACUGUCUCGAUGGCCAAGCCAGCGGCCGGCGCCGCGGUGUCGGGGCUAGCCUCGACCGUCUCGUACCCGAGCGACCUCAUCGGAGGGCUGGACCGCCUGAGGCAGCAGGCGGCGAGAGCCGCGGCCUCGACCGUCUCGCUGGCCAAGCCAGCUGCCGGUGCCGCGGUGGCGGGCCUAGCCUCGACAGUCUCUCUGGCGAAGCCGGCGGCCGGCGCCGCGGUGUCGGGGCUAGCCUCGACCGUCUCGCUGGCGAAGCCGGCGGCCGGCGCCGCGGUUGCGGUGACGCGCCACGCCGCGGGCAUGUUCUCCACCCGCGAGGGCGCCGUGAAGACCGCAGCGGUGGUCGUCGGGGGCGCCGUCGGCGCCUACUUCCUGUGGCCCACGGCCGCCGUCGCCGCCAGUGCCACCAUGAAGGCGCCGGGCGCCGCGGGUUUCCUCAUCUCCCGCGCCGCGUUCGUCGCCAACCCGCAGCUCUACUUCCAGAUCCUCCGCACCGCCGGCACCGCCGCGGCUGCCGCGGCCUUCGCCGUGUAG